AUGGUGUCGCCGGUCGCUAAGCAGACAUGGGCAAUAUCAGCAGUUCUUAUCAACAUGAUGGCUCAGGGCUUGAUGCUAAGCUACCCAUCCAGUUUGCUGCCAGGGAUCCGGGCCCCAGACUCCGACAUAAAAGUAGAUUUGAAUACAGCAUCUUGGCUAGGUUCAGUGGUUGGACUGUCCUCAAUCCCUGGCUUUUUUAUUUCCUCUAUCCUCAUGGAUUGGAGAGGUAGGAAGAUGGCGCAAGCUAUAGUCAUAAUACCUGGCAUUUUGGGCUGGCUGUUCAUUUACUUAGGUGCCAGUGUAACUUCACUAAUUAUAGGAAGAUUAUUGACUGGGUUUACGGGUGGUGCUUCUGUAUGUCUAGGAGCAGUAAUUGUUGGAGAAUAUUCAAGUCCUAAAAAUAGAGGCACUUACUUAAAUUUAAAAACAGCCAGCGUUUGCGUUGGGGGCAUGAUGAUUCACAUACUGGGAAAUUUUUUUCAUUGGAGAACUGUCGCAUUACUAUCACUGUUCCCGUAUAUUAUUUCCCUCGCCAUAAUUUAUACUUGGCCCGAAAGUCCUGCAUGGUUAGUUUCACGAAAAGAAUUUGAGAAAAGUAAAAAGGCGUUUUAUUGGUUGAGAGGGCACAGUGAAGAAGCGGAAAAGGAAUUAUAUGAACUAAUUAGAGCUCAAAAAAAUAAACCAGCCGAUAUAAAAAACAGCAACUUCAAGGAGAAAUUUAUUGAAUUUUUAAAGAAAUUUACGAGGAAAGAUUUCGUAAAACCAGUAGUCAUAAUAAUGUUUAGCAGGCUGCUACUUGAAACCUGUGGCCGACACAUUUUUCCCGCAUACGCAUUACAAAUUAUCGGUGAAGUGACUGGGAACAAAUCUCAAUCGUUUUAUUACACAUUAGCUUUAGAUAUCAUUAUAACGACCAGCGCUACAUUUUCCUCGGUAUUGGUCAAAAUUUGCAAACGUCGCACUCUUCUAUUUGUUUCUGGAUUUUCUGCUUUAUUUAUAUUAUUUAGUGUAUGCACAUACCUUUAUCUAGCAUCUAAAGCAAUAAUUUCUAAUAAUUAUACUUGGAUACCAAUAUCAUUGUUUGUACUGUACUUCAUAUUAGCCAAUUUAGGUUGCACACCAAUUCCUCUAGCUUUAUUAGGUGAAGUGUUACCAUUAGCUCAUAGAGGUUCUGGAUCAGCUGUUGCAGGUAUUGUAAUGUCUCUCACCAUGAUGGUAGCACUCCAAAUUACACCAUAUUUACUCGAAAGUGUCAAAGUUUAUGGAACAUUCGCUGUAUUCGGAUCAGCUAUGGGCUUAACUCUAGUGGUGUUUUAUUUUAUAUUACCCGAAACAAAAGACAGAACUUUACAGGAGAUUGAAGAUUAUUUUAAUUAUGGAAGAUUUAAGAACGAGGAAAACCUGAGAGAGGAAGAAGAAGAUGUGAAGAUGAAAAUGAUUAUUUGA